AUGUUUCAAGCAUCUUUAUUAUCAAAUUUUGUUAAUAUUAUUUAUAAAACAAAAAUUUCUUGGGAGUUUAUUUUAUUUAUUUUAUUUAUUUUAAAAUUUUCUUCUACUUAUUCUGAUUCAAUAACAACAUUAUCAUCAUCAACUUAUCAUCAUUUUGAAUUUCUAUCAAAUAAUUCUUAUCGUAAUUUUUUUCUAAGACAAUAUUUUAUUGAUUUACUGAAUAUUUCUCAUUCAUCACUUAUUCAAUCAAUGAUUAUAAAUCAUCAUUUAACAACGAAAGUAGAACAAAAUCGAAAACGUAGAUCUAUAACUAAUAAACCUUUAUCUUUAACUCCAACAUUUACAUUACAUUCAACAAACUGUUUAAUAAUAAAUAAUAAUCAAGUUCAAUUAUCAUUUCAAUGGUCUCAUUCAAUAGGAUCCUUAUCGUCUGUUGAACUUAUUUAUCAUAUUGAAUUAAAAAAAUCUUCAAUACCUAUACAUAUUUCAAUAAAACAAGCACAUACAUUUAUUGAAUUAUUUUCAAUCGAUACAUAUUUAGAAAUUGAUUCUGUUCGAGAUUUUUAUGUUCGUAAUAUAUAUGAUUAUCUUUUACAAAUAAAUAAUCAAAAUUUAAUUAUUGAAACAAUUAUUAAUAAUCAAACAUGUCAAACAUCACAUACAUAUAUAAUAAUAUCAUCAUUAAAAUCUAAUCAAUUAUCUUCAUAUGAUCUUCAACAAACAACCAUGUGUAGAAUAAAAACAAUUCAAAUUAAAUUUGAAGAACUCGGUUUAGCUUAUUUAAUAAUUAGACCAAAAGAAUAUACAUUUACUUAUUGUGAUGAUUCAUGUACAAAUUUGACUCUUCAACAACAAUUACAACGGUCAUCAAUUUAUGCAUUAAUACAAUCAAUCAUUGGUAAAAAAUUUUCUAAUAUUCCUCAACGAAAUUGUGUGCCAUCACAAUUUUCUAAUGAUAAUUUUCUUCUUCGACAAACCGAUGGAUCUAUGGAAAUUUAUCCAAUUAAAGAUGUUAUUGUGAAACAAUGUGCUUGUCUGUGA